CGUCCAUUCAAUCCAGGAAUUUUCAGCAGCAGUCCCUGAUUUGCCGCACUUGCCGCUACUAGUCAAAGUCCUAGCACCGUUCCUGGCGGCGGGGGACUGAUCCCUUCAUUGCAGUUAGACAUAACUUCCUCGCACUUGCGGUUCGUUGCGUGCGGUUCGUUGCUUGCCGUUCCUUCUGCAGAUUCGCUCCAUCACGUUGAGCGCCUCAUGCACUUGGUUGCGGAUAUCUACCUGUUGGCCCCCGUUUUUCCGCGGACUGGUGGCUUUGUUGCCGGCAGACUGUAGCACGCACCGCUGUAGCUCGCACCAGCCUUAGUACUGCGCAAGGGAUUUAGCACGUGGCAGCUUUUAGUGCUUGUUAUCCAGGGCAGGCGAGGACCGACCGGGCGAGGACCGACCGGCCAUUAUGAACCGUCAGGAGCAGAUAGAGGAACGCGCGGGGAGCGAAGAGGCCGAGAGGCUGCAUCCAGACGGUCCAUCUGCAGCCAUUCACAUGAACGGCCACGCUAAUGGCCACGCAGAGAGUCACGAAACAACUCGGAUGCUAAACGGCGACUCUCACGUCGUGGUUGACGUUGACGGUAACGCUAACGGUAACGGACUGGCGACCGUUGGCGCUGAAAUCUCCGCGAAGCAACACUCGAAGGGGAGCAGGAGGGGAGGAGGAGAUGGGGAGGGGGGAGAGGAGGGAGGGGAUGGGUGUGAGGGAGGAGAGGGGGGAGGGGGAGGAGGGAGAGGCAUGGGGGGGAUGUACCAUCGCAAGAGCAGGGUGAUGGAUAAGAGCCACACGAUGAGCGGAUACUGCAAAAAGAACAUCACCGAUACAAUCACAGUCAAGUUUAAGGACGUGCGCUACAAGGUCCAGGUUUCCAAGCCCGGCUCCUGGGACCCGCGCCACUCCUGCCUCCCCACGCUCCCCCCUCUCCCCGCGUUCCUCACCCCCAAGCGCGGGGAAAUCGCGGGCGGGGGAGGCGCGGGGGGAGGAGGCGCAGGGGGAGCGGCGGAAGGGGAGGCGGGGGGGAAAGGGGGAGCGGAGGUGCGGGAGAAGGAGAUUCUGCACGGGAUAAGCGGGAGCGUGGCGCCAGGGGAGGUGUUAGCUAUGAUGGGGCCAUCUGGGGGAGGUAAAACGACGUUUCUGAACGUGCUGGGAGGGCGGUUCAAGCAGGCGAACAUGGCGGGGACGUUGACUUACAACGACCUGCCUUAUAGCAAGGCGCUCAAGAGAAAGUUGGGCUUUGUGACGCAGGACGACAUCUUCUUCCCCCACCUGACCGUGCGAGAGACCCUCAUGUACGCCGCGGUGCUGCGGCUCCCCAAGGAGUUGAACUGGGCGGAGAAGGUGCAGCGCGCCGACGAAGCAAUUACCGAGCUUGGGCUGGACAAGUGCCGCAACACAGUCAUAGGCGGGCCGUUCCUUCGCGGCAUCUCAGGCGGGGAGCGCAAGCGCGUGAGCAUAGGCCACGAGAUCCUCAUCAACCCGUCCAUGCUGCUGCUGGACGAGCCCACCUCCGGCCUGGACUCCACCACCGCCCUCCGAAUCAUCCAAGUCAUCCAGAACCUUGCCAAGUCCGGCCGCACCGUCAUCACCACCAUCCACCAGCCGUCCUCGCGGCUCUUCCACGCUUUUGACAAGCUGCUGCUCUUAUCGGAGGGGAAUGCGAUAUUUUUCGGGCAGGCGGCGGCUGCCAUGGGGUACUUUGGGGGGCUGGGGUUUGAGCCGCUGUUUGCGACCAACCCGGCGGAUUUUUUGUUGGAUCUGGCGACGGGGACGACGGCGGAUGUGAGCCUGCCGGCUGUGUUUGGGGAGAGCGAGGAGUGGAAAGGGAAGAGCGUGCCGGAGCAGCAGCACGACGUGAAAGAGUUCGUGGCGCGCGCUCACAUGGAGCAGCAGCAGCUGUUGGUGCACGCUGAGCUGGCAGGGCUGCCUGCCAGCUCGGAUGCCGACCAGAAGAGCGUGCUGCAGAGGAGGGGGUGGACGGCGCCCUGGCUGCUGCAGUUCUCGGUGCUGUGGACCCGAGGGCUCAAGGAGAGGAGACAUGAAGCGUUAUCCCCUCUACGGUUCUACCAGUUCUCGGUGCUGUGGACCCGAGGGCUCAAGGAGAGGAGACAUGAAGCGUUAUCCCCUCUACGGUUCUACCAGGAGAGGAGACAUGAAGCGUUAUCCCCUCUACGGUUCUACCAGGUGAUAGCGCUGGGGCUCAUCUGCGGCAUGCUGUGGUUUGGCUCGGAGCGCAACACCGCCAUGGAGAUUCAGGAUCAGGUGGGGCUGCUCUUCUUCAUCUCUAUCUUCUGGGGCUUCUUCCCUCUCUUCGCUGCUAUCUUCACCUUUCCCCAGGAGCGUGCCAUACUGGCGAAGGAGAGAGCCAGCGACAUGUACCGCCUGUCGGCGUACUACCUGAGCCGCACGCUCUCGGACCUGCCCAUGGAGUGGCUGCUCCCCACCAUCUUCCUCCUCAUCGCCUACUUCAUGGCAUCGCUCAAGCUCACUGCCGCAGCUUUCUUUGGACUGCUCUUCUCCACCUACCUUAUUGUGACUACAGCGCAGGGCUGUGGGCUCUUCCUUGGAGCAGCAGUGAUGGACGUCAAGGUCGCCACCACACUCGCAUCCGUGCUGCUCCUGACCUUCAUGCUGGCGGGCGGCUACUACCUGCAGUCCAUCCCGCCCUUCAUCUCGUGGAUCAAGUACAUCUCCUUCACCUACUACGCCUACCGUCUCAUCAUCAAGACGCAGUUCUCCCCCUCCGACACGUUCCAGUGCGGCCCGCCGAGCGAUCCGGCAGCUCUGAUUUGUCCUAUUUCGGCUGCGCCGUCGUUUAGGGGGUUUUCAGUGGCGGAUGCAUGGGUGGAUGUGCUGGCGCUGCUAGCACAGGUGGUGUUUUAUAGAGUGCUCGGGUACUUCGCACUAAGGAGGAUGAAGACGAAUGUGUAGAUGUAGUGCAUGGAUUUUGUUGGAAAUUAUCAAAGGACUUACAUACAUUUUCGAAGU